AUGAGACGGAAAAGUUUAGGGGAAACUUUUGUUAAUAGAUUUCCUUUAAGUGAACACAAAAGAUUUCGCAUGAACGACAUUUUUUGUGUUGUCUUUCAACAAUCUACUACUGUUUUAUCGUCUGCUCCAGAGAUUUUUCGUUCCCUGUACAAUCUUUCUGUAUUCAAUGAUUUAUCAAGCGAAGACAACGACAAGAAAAACAUAAAAAGAGAUAAAGAAACACAAAAUUGUUUUGCUGAAGACAAGUUUCCAACUUUCCGUGACAAUCUAUGUUUGUUCGUCUAUGAGAAUAUAGAAAAUAUACAUAAAAAACAUACUUUGCUUCCUUAUUUUCUUAUAAGACAAAUGUUGACUUUUAAUAUGACAAUCAUUUGUUUCCCUUCAACAAUCAACGUGUUAGCUUUAUCACGACAACGAAUCUCGUUAAGAAGUAUGCUAACUGUUAAAUAUUGUUUGGUUGUUGGAGAAAAGCUGCAAGGAUCGAAGAGGCUUAACAUAUACGUCCAUGAAAUUGAUAAAACAUUAGUUACUUGUCGCAAGUUGUUAUCGCCCUUCACUUCUUUGCUACAAUUACAAGAAUUCCAAUGGCGUCAACAAGUGCAGACUCAAAUUACUCUUAAAUAA